AUGGCAACUCCUACAUUGCAAAGCUAUUUCACUUUCUCGGUCUUCUUUUUCGUUUUCUUUCUUGCUUUGAGUCCAAGAAUACAAGCUCAAGUGGAUGAAACAAGCUUGAUGGCAAUGGAUGAUGCACUAGAAUGGCCAAUGCCCAUGUAUUUAGAAGGAAGUAGUGAACUUGAAGAUGGGUUAGUGGAUUUUGAUGAUGUCGAUGUUGAUGAUGAAGAAAGCAGUCGUAGAUCUUUGUUUUGGAGAAGGCAUUACUAUAUCUCAUAUGGAGCUUUGUCUGCUAAUAGAAUUCCUUGUCCUGCAAGGUCUGGAAGAUCUUACUACAGCCACAAUUGCUACAAGUCUAGGACUGCUGUGAAUCCAUACUCCAGAGGGUGUUCUAGGAUCACUCGCUGCAGGAGAUGA